AUUCAGCGUUUCCGUGUCCUAGCGCACAGAAUCAGAGAAGCAAGAAGAGUCAGCGCACAGAAAGAGAGAGGAGGAGAGAGCGGUCGCAUCGAACGGCGGCGAGAUGCUGGCGGUGUUCGAUCCGACGGUUGCCAAGUGCCCGGAGGGCCUCCGCAGCCCGCCGGUCGCCGGCGCGGCCGCCGGGGGCGGAGGCAGCGUGGGCGCGCUGAUGAAGGGAUUCUCCGGUGCUCACGAGGGCGCCGUCACCGUCAGCCUGGGCCCCGCUGGCGCGCUCGCGUACUCGGCGGCCAAUCAGAACCCCCUCGUCUCCAGGUUGUUUGGUGCUGUGAAUGACAUCUUCUGCCUGUUCCAAGGGCACAUUGAGAACAUUGCCAACCUGAAGCAGCACUAUGGCCUGAGCAAGACUGCGAACGAGGUGACCAUCCUCAUUGAGGCCUACAGAACCCUCAGGGACAGGGGGCCCGUCCCAGCCAGCCAGGUCGUGAGAGAUCUCAGCGGGAAGUUCGCGUUCAUCUUGUACGACACCAUGUCGAAAUCCACCUUCGUUGCUGCUGACGCUGAUGGCAGCAUCCCCUUCUUCUGGGGCGUCGACUCCGAGGACCAUAUGGUUUUCUCCAACGACGCUGGGCUCCUCAAGACGGGCUGCGGCAACUCAUUCGCGCCAUUCCCCAAAGGCUGCUUCUACACCACCUCGGGCGGGCUGCAGAGCUUCGAGCACCCGCUGCACGAGGUCAAGGCGGUGCCGCGCGUCGACAGCCAGGGCCAGAUGUGCGGCUCCACCUUCAAGGUCGACAGCGAGGCUAAGAAGAAGCAGGACGCCAGCAUCCCCCGCGUUGGCAGCGCCGCAGACUGGUCCCACCAGUUCUGACCGGCGGCUUCUUCCACCAUCUUCUUGCUACCCAUUUCCCCGGCCGUGAGGUGCCGAUCGGUGUACCUGAUGAACCGCUGAGACAGACGAUGCUGCUGUGCUACGUUUUUUUACGCAUUUGUCGAACGCCGUGAGACUCUCAGGUCGCGUUAUCUACCUCGUCGUAAUAUGCUGAUACUAAUCAUACCAAGUGCCCCAAGUGUUGUUUUAGAUACCUGAAAAUCUAUCUCCCCUGUUUCAAUAAAGUUGAAUAAAAGGAUCCAUUUGGUAUUGUGAA